AUGGCUAGAUAUAGAGAAUCGGCAUCAGAAUCAGAAUCUAAACCGUUUGGAGGUAGAGUUUCUGCAAAGGCGAAAAAUGCAACUGCUGCACAACAAGCACAACAAGAAUAUCUUUCAAAACAUAUAAAUUCAAAUGGACCUAAAGAUAUAGAAAAGCCACAUCCACUUGAUUUUGAAUCAUAUCCAUCACAAGCACUCACAAACUAUAGUAGGAAAUACAAUCUUGGUUCCGAGUCACCAUCAACAAUCAAUGGAUACAUGCUUAAGUCAUCUAUUGGGAAAAAGACAUCUAGUUACAAAAAGCACACAAAGAAAGUACCAACUCGUGAAUUAGCUGCCACUGUUAAGAAACAUUUUAUAAACUUACCAUCAAGAGAAAAUGAAAUUAUUACAAAUUUUUUGUACAAGGUUAAAAACCAAGAGAAAGAUUUUAAAUUAUCAUUCAAAUAA